CCCCCCCCCCCCCACACACAUCCAACAUACUCUCACCUCUCUCUACACAAUGUCGCAAGGCCAUGCUCUUUCCGAUGACCAGGUACGCCAAGCCAGUUCUGACCAGGGAUGCGUAUCGGCACCCGAGCUCAUCAUCCCCUCUACGAACAGGUGGCGGGCGAGCUCCGCAAGAUGACGGCCUUCAUCCGGCAGGAGGCCAUCGAGAAGGCCCGUGAGAUCCAGCUCAAGGCCGACGAGGAAUUCGCCAUUGAGAAGUCCAAGCUUGUUCGCCAGGAGACCGCCGCCAUCGACACCCAGUACGAGAAGAAGUUCAAGCAGGCCGCCAUGUCCCAACAGAUCACCCGCUCCACCCUCGCCAACCGCACCCGUCUCCGCGUCCUCUCCUCCCGCCAGGAGCUCCUCGACGAGCUGUUCCAGCAGGCCCGCGACCAGAUCUCCGGUAUCGCCGCCAAGGAUGCCAAGAAGUAUGAGACCGUGCUGAAGGACCUGGUUCUGGAGGGCCUGUUCGCCCUCAAUGAGGAGAAGGUGUCGGUGCGCGCCCGGAAGAAGGACGCCGAGGCUGUGAAGAAGGCCAUCGAGGAGGCGGAGAAGGAGUUCCAGGAGAGCGUGGGCAAGGAGGUGUCUGCGGAGCUGGACGAAGAGGACCCGCUGCCUGAGGGAUCCGCCGGCGGUGUCGUCAUCCUCGGAGGCCAGGGCAAGAUCGAGAUCAACAACACGUUCGAGGACCGGCUGCGCCUGCUCGAGAUCGAUGCCCUGCCCGCCGUCCGAGAGACGCUCUUCGGCAAGAACGUCAACCGGAGAUUCUAUGACUAGACAGAACCUGUGUGUCUCUUGCGAUGCGAAUCCACAAUACCUCCCUCAACCUGUUUCGUCGUUGUUGCUGCAGCCAUUGUAUCUAUCUGCCGCGGUUCUUUUCUAAGAGAGCACCAUAGCUUUGUAUAAAGUCCUUCGUCUUCUUCUACUAUUACUCUUUAUGUGGAGUUCUUCUGGGUUUAACUACGCUCUGUGUUUCCGAUGUCCCUGAUUCGCAAUGCCGGGGGGGAGGAUUAUACCAGGUCGGGUCGGUCGGUUAUGAGGUGGUCGUUUCCUAUGUAGUCGCGAGGAAGUGGAGAAUGGGGUUACGAGAGUAAGACUGCUUCCCUCUAUAAGAACGAUUUCAUGGGACUGGAUAUUUACCUAGAUAAGUCAAUACAGGCUCUGAAAACCUAUACAGCAUACCUACCAGUAGGUACCUACCUUACUUGCCUAGGUAGUGGUAUCAUGUAUCCAGCAACCCCCUACCUUACCUUACUACCUACUACCUACCUAGAGAC